AUGGGAUGUAUCGCUUUGCAUCCUGCCAUCGAGGAGUUGGAGUUGGAGAAGCGAUUCGAUCAACCCUUCGCGUUGUCCAUCGUCGCCGUUGCCCACCCCUUCCAGAAGCUCAAGCAUCUCGUUCUCUUCGCAGAUGCAGCAGCCGCCAACACCCUGCUUCCCUGCAUCACUCAACUGGAACGCCUCGAGCUCACUGUACACGGUGCAGCCAGUGUAUACUCCUCCCUACUCAUCAGCUCCGGAUUUUCACCUCCAGUUGCCACUCCUCAGCACAAGCACAACUGUCCUACCGAGACCACUCGCAAGCUCCACUGA